CGCACAGCAUCACCAUCAUCACUCGGUUCACAGCGACAGCCGCGUACGCAUCACCAUCCUCAUCCUCGUUCUCAUCCUCCUCAUCACCAUCUCUGAAGAGGAAGCACCGCGCGCGAGGAAAGACAAAGGAAGAACCCAUUUACAGUCAAGUCAGUCAUCUGGUUGAAUCUUUCAGGCACAUCUUAAUUAAACCACAGGAUUUCUCUACUUAACCUUUGACCACCUUUGUAUCUGCCAAACCUCUUUAAAAUGGAGGACGGCUACCAAAACCGGACUGCCUUUAUUAAAGGUGCCAAAGACAUUGCCAAAGAAGUCAAGCGGCAAGCAAGUAAGAAGGUUGGUCGUUCGGUGGAUCGGAUGAGUGACGAGUACAGCAAGCGCUCCUACAGCCGCUUUGAAGAGGAUGACGAUGAUGACUACCCCGUACAGGGGAGCCAGGAUGGAGGCUAUUACCGUGGAGACAGCCAAGCAGCCAAUGAUGAUGAAGGUGGCCACAGCGACUCCACAGAGGGCCACGAUGAAGAUGAUGAGAUCUACGAGGGUGAGUACCAGGGAAUUCCCAGGGCCGAUUCAGGCAAAGGAAGCUUGGCCGGAGGUCCGGAAUCGGUGAGGGCUGGCGCUCAGCAGUUCAGAGAUAUCAGCGCGUCUGAGGCUGAGAGAAGAAAGGACCAGGAGGAGCUAGCUCAACAGUAUGAGACCAUCUUACAGGAGUGUGGUCACGGGAAGUUCCAGUGGACCCUGUACUUUGUGCUGGGGCUUGCUCUCAUGGCAGACGGUGUAGAGAUCUUCGUCGUCGGGUUUGUGCUGCCGAGCGCUGAGAAGGACAUGUGCCUGUCGGAACCAAACAAAAGCAUGCUGGGUCUGAUUGUAUACUUCGGUAUGAUGGUGGGUGCGUUCCUCUGGGGGGCUCUGGCUGACCGGAUAGGCCGUCGGCAGUCACUCCUCAUCUCUCUCUCCAUCAACAGCAUCUUCUCCUUCUUUUCCUCCUUCGUCCAGGGAUACAGCACCUUUCUGUUUUGCCGGCUCCUCUCAGGUGUUGGGAUUGGUGGCUCCAUUCCCAUUGUGUUUUCCUUCUACUCUGAAUUCCUGGCCCAAGAGAAACGUGGAGAGCACCUCAGCUGGCUCUGCAUGUUCUGGAUGAUCGGGGGAAUAUACGCGUCUGCCAUGGCCUGGGCUAUAAUCCCACAUUACGGAUGGAGUUUCCAGAUGGGUUCAGCGUAUCAGUUCCACAGCUGGCGUGUGUUUGUGUUGGUGUGCGCGUUUCCUUCUGUUGCGGCCAUCGCUGCCCUCAGUGCCAUGCCAGAGAGCCCACGCUUCUACUUAGAGAAUGGCAAACAUGAUGAAGGCUGGAUGAUUCUGAAGCAAGUUCACGACACCAACAUGAGAGCGAAGGGGCACCCAGAGAGGGUUUUUACUGUCACCACCAUCAAGACGGUGAAACAGAUGGAUGAGCUGGUGGACAUUGGCACUGACACCCCCACCUGGCAGCGUUACAAGAUGAAGAUCAUGAGCCUCUCCCAACAGAUCAGGAACAACAUUCUUGCCUGUUUCCGCCCAGAGUAUAAACGGACAACUUUCAUGCUCAUGGCUGUUUGGUUCUCUAUGUCUUUCAGUUAUUACGGUCUGACGGUGUGGUUCCCAGACAUGAUCAAGUACAUCCAGAGACAGGAGUAUGAAUCACGCACAAGGACCUUCAUUGAUGAGAAAAUGGAGCAUGUCACCUUUAAUUUCACCCUGGAAAACCAAAUCCAUCGCCAAGGACACUUCUUCAACGACAAGUUCCUGAACCUGAAGCUGAAGUCCAUGGUGUUUGAAGACUCUGUGUUUGAGGAGUGCUACUUUGAGGACAUCACCUCCACACACACCUUCUUCAGAAACUGCACCUUUAUUGCAAGUUUGUUCUACAACACAGAUUUAUUUAAAUACAGGUUUGUCAACUGUAAACUCAUCAACAGCACCUUCCUUCACAACAAGGAGGGCUGCAUACUCGACUUCAGUGAUGACUUCAACAAUGCCUACAUGAUUUACUUUGUCAGCUUCCUCGGCACAUUGGCUGUGUUGCCUGGCAACAUCGUUUCAGCUCUAUUAAUGGACAAAAUUGGGCGCCUAAGGAUGCUGGCGGGAUCCAGUGUCAUAUCUUGUGUGAGCUGUUUCUUCCUGAUGUUUGGAAACAGUGAGUCAGGGAUGAUUGCCCUCUUGUGUCUGUUUGGAGGAAUCAGCAUCGCCUCGUGGAACGCCCUGGAUGUGAUCACAGUGGAGCUCUACCCGUCAGAUAAAAGGACCACAGCGUUUGGUUUCCUGAAUGCUCUCUGCAAGCUGGCUGCCGUCCUGGGCAUCAGCAUCUUCCAGUCAUUUGUGGGCAUCACCAAAGCCGUACCCAUCUUAUUCGCUGCCGGCGCGCUCGCUGCAGGUAGUUUCCUCGCAACAAAGUUGCCUGAAACACGAGGCCAAGUCCUGCAGUAAAACCCCACGACCAUCAGUGGGCAGCAGAGCACAGCUGGUGUGUGUUGUUUAACAACUCAAGCCCGAACAUCCCUGAGAGCUUCAGCGCUGCCCGUCACACACCAACAGAACAGACUGCCACCCCCAUUGUUAGCCCAGAAUCCUUUGAAAUAUUGACUGCUUGUUCAAAGUCUUCACAGAGCCACAUUGAUGAGAUUGAGGGAUUUUUUUAAGUGUGUUAAAACAGGCUGAUGCAGUGCAAAUUGUGGUGUGAAGAAAGGAUAGCAUGCUAUUUUUUGGAGUUUUUUUUAUGGUCCAACAGUUUCAAACAUAAUUAAGAGAAAAGAGAUGUCAACUGAAGCGGCAGAAAAAAAGCCAUUUAAGGGGGAAAAGGAAAAGAUUAGGUCUUCAUUUUUUGAUUCAGUUUUAAUAUAACUGCAGUAUGUUUUAUCUAGUCUGUCCUUGGCCUUGUUGACUGACUUUCAGUGCUUUUUAACUCAAGUGUGGUGUUUACAGUUCUCAUUACAUCUCCAGACAGACUGAUAUGUGUUUUUUUUUCUUUUGAAAUCUAUCAACUGAAUUAAUGAGGGGAACUAUAUUUUCUCUUAAACACCCCUGACUCUUGACCACUGCCUGCUACUGAAGUCAGACGUAAAGAUAGCUCAUAUUUUCUACCAAAUAGGAUGUAAACAUUCCAGUGAGGCUUGAUUUAUUCAGAAUGAAUGUUUUUUUUUCACAUCCCUGCGUAAAUCCAGUCUCCUCCUCUUCGACUUAAAACCUCAAACACUUGCACACAGACAGGUGAAGAUGCGUUUCACAGGAUUCUCUGUUGUAAAUGGGACCAGUCCGAUCCAGCUCCUCAGUGUUCAGUGUGAGUUUUAUUCCCUCCCUGUUGUCCAAUCAAAUAGCUGCAGUGAACACAGGAACAUCUGUGGGAUGGAUUUCGGUCGAGUGCAAAACAUGAGAUCAGAAACUGUAGGUGUAAAACUUGCCUGAAGUAGACGUGGUGUGUGUGUGGGACUGCAUGCGUCUAUCAGUGUUAUGUGAGAUUCUAUCAGUGUUAUGUGAGAUUUUAAGAGAAAGUGUGUGGUUUAUUCAUUUCAGUGUGGUCAUGUGAAGCAUAUUUGACUAAUCCAACAAGGGAAUGUACAGAGCAGCAGUCACACGUUUUUUUUUUUUUGUUUUUUUUUGAGAAAUUAUACCAAGUACAUGGAGUAGCUCAGGUGUGAUGAACUGUUUCGACCACGUUUACAGCGGAUGUUAUGUUUAAAGCACCACUCAACCAAAAAGUGGACAUGCAGGAUGGUUUUUCUUAUCUAAGAGCUUAAUUUAUCAGCCUUAAGGUAUAAUAUGUGACUUUCAGUAAAUGCUGCUCCUCAGCACCAGUCUCCCUGUCCCAAAACAAACCACCUUUUCCUCACUAGUAAGCGUUCCUUUUGCUCCGUCCAACAUCAUGCAUCCUUGCCCAGUUGGUCCAUUUCUGAAGUAGAGCCCAGCUUAGCUCUGCCCAGCUUUAGGCAGCUGAAGAAAAUAACAGAGAAAAGCAGGUUUCUUUGCCAGUACGAGCUUUAUUUGCUGUUAAUUUUCUCCUUUUUAUUAUCAGUAUAGAGAGAUUAGGUGGUAAAAUAUGAUAAAUAGGGACAAAAAUUAUGGUAAUGGACAGAAAAGUGGUGAUAAAAGGUUAAGAAGCGGCAAAAAUUUGGGGGGAGGGGUGUAGUGAAAUUGGACUUUAGAAGUAGCAUACCUGCAUUGAGAGUGGCAAAAAAUGGGUUUGAAAAGUGGUACAAGAAAUAAUUUAAACAUCAGACCCCAUAAUAGUUUCCCACACUUUUCAGCUCCAAAAUGAAGCAAUUGUUAGCCAGCAGAGCUAGCACCAAUUCUACUGAUCUAACACACAUGCAUUGAUAUAAUUGAUAAAUCACAACUGGGGAGGGCCCGUUCUCUGGGUUUGUCAGGGACCUGGCCAGGUCUGUAGACAGGUUCUGGAGUGGUCAUUUCAGACUGACCAUGUCAAAAUUGUCCUGAUAAAGUGCAGCUGUUUGUAGGACUAAUCUCCUCUUAGACACGCAGCUCAUUGUGGUUCAUAUUUCUUUGAAAUAUUUUAGACCAAACAACGCCUUUCCCUUGAUUUGGAUUGUCUACUUGUUCUACCUGAAUUCUCUUUCUCUUGCAACAAAACUGCAUCAACAAACCAAAUAACAGAGUGAGUGAGACUGCCUUUCUUACCACACAGGGUGGCAGGGCUGGUGGUUUGAGAGGGACACAUUUGAGCCUUUGAAUACCAGCAUAAAAUGGGCAGAGAGAAGCGUUGUCCUGUCAGUGUGAACGCAGAGCUGAGAUCAACAAAUGCAGAGGAAGUCUGAGUUCACUCUUUAGUUAAAUUCAACAUCUGCUAUAUUAACAUUUAAAAAGUUGCAUAUUAUACCUUUAACAUGAAAACAAGCCACAGGUAAAAGUGUAAUCCUAACCUAAGAAACAGAGCUCUGACAAAAACUGUUAAAUUAACGCUCAGUUAUCUGAUUUUUUUAUAGCUUUUCACUUCAUCUCUCUGACUUUAAAAAAACAUUUUAAGAUUAUUAGAGCACUUUUGUUGUUUUUGUCUCCUUGUAUUUAAGAUCGAAUCUCUCAAACUACGUACUUUCCUUUUUUUGAUUUUAGUUCACCCUUUACAAGUCAUGAUGUGACAUCAUCAUAAUCAUAAGCACAAAUGUAAUGGGACCAAAAAGAGACAUAAUUGUAAAAACGAAUCAGGCAGUGCAGCACAAAGAGAUAAGAUCGAUUGCAUAUCAUCCUGGUCUGGUUUGAUUUCAAAGCCUCCGGCUCCUUUCAUUCUUUUUUUGCACUGUUUGAGUAAUUUUAUCCCUUGAUAUGUUCAUGCAUGAUUCUGCUGAAUUUAUCUGUAACUCACUGCCAAUUCCAAACACAAAAAAUGAUCCUAAGACUUAUCUCCUUAUUUUCCACCACCCCUCUAAAAGGAGAGAUAACCAUUAUCAUUACUGAAACGUAUCAUUAUUUGAGUAUCACUUCUCCAAAGGUGUGCAUCAUUAUGUGUGCUGACAAUCAGUGAGUGACAACAUGGCUGCUGCUGCUGCCAGGUCGAGUAAGUUGAUUGACCUCAAGCCGUCCUCUGGAUGUGUGAUUACAUGUGUGUGUGUGUGUGUGCGCUCUGAAUGUUAGAGGCUUUGCUGUUGUGUGUUUGUGUGAACUAGAGUAGAUGAUAAUGUAACUCAGACUCCACCAAGAUAGUGGGGAUUAUACAAAACUAAGAUUCUGUCUGUCCUGUUAGGCCAUGUGUGUAUGCUCAUGAAUGUGUUUGUAUGAGUGUUACUUAAAAAUAAUUAUUCAAUAUUUAGAUAUAUUGUUUUAUUGAUUCAGUUUUCCAAAGCGACUGAAGAUGAUACAGGCUAUUCACAUGUCUGUGCCUUAAGUAUGAAGGUAAAGCAAGAUGAUUAGCUUAUAUCAGCAUGAGAACGAGUAACAAGGUGGUGACCUUUGUUGAAAAUUAGGCAACUGUGUGCCCAUGUUAAAGGCCUGGUUUAAAAACAAACCGGGCUGAGUAUUCAUGUCUGUAUUAUAACAAACUUCACAGGUGUGGACAUUUGUUAUUCCACCUAUAUUUAUUUAUAUGAAGAGUUAUGUAGAAUUAGGCCCAUCUGACUGACAGGUGCAGGUUGCAGUUAUUUACUUGAAGGCCUAAGGCCUACCACAGCUUCACCUCUUUCACUUUUGCUGGAUUAAUCAUAAAUGACACCAUGCUUUAGCCUAGCUGAUUAUUUUAAACAUCUGUUCAGUGAAAAAAAUCAGUAGUAACAUCCCUUGUAACUUAAUGAUGCUCUGACAUGAUCUCAUAGCUGACAGUUACCGUUAUGUAACCAGAGCUAUCCGUCACUUUGUUUACAACUAAGACCUAAAUGAAUGUAGCAUAUCCCAUAAUGCUAAUCUCCUGAUGGCAACUUCAUAUUUAGGGUACAGACAUACUAAGUAACUAAUUUCCUACAAUUACUUUGAUGCUGUCAAAUGACAUAAAGUGAUCACGGCUUUCGCUUGCUGCUGGCGUAUCAAGUCUUAUGGGCAGAUUAUGAACACGUGUCCUGUAUUCAGGCACAUGUGUCAGUAUGGAUGUUAAUGUAUGUGUGGAUGACUAUCAGGUUACUCUCUAAAUUGUCUGUUACAUAUUUUUCUACUUUUUUUUCUGUUCAGAUGUUUUCAUCUCUGUGAUGAACACAGCUUAGUUGGGGACCACGGAUAUAUAUUUACACUUUGAGAAGAUAAAAACAAACCUAUUACAAUAUAUGCAGUGCAGAAUUUAAUGUUUUUAUGUUCUUCAUAUAAGACUUGGGUGCUCUUUUGCUGAUACAGCUUGGUCUUUCCAGCGAUCCCCAUGAAUGAAAGCCAGUCUCAGAGGUUUUUCUCUGUUUAGAAAUGCAGUAAAGGACCACAUCUCAAAUUCACAAUGACUUAACCCUCUAAUCCUUCUGUAUUCAACCGAUCGUGACGCAUGUUUGUAUCGUAUUGUCUAACUUCUUGGACGUCCUGUAUGCCAGCCGUUUUUGUCAAAAGCAAGAACUAGUGUUUUCAUUGUUGUAUGAUGACAUAGAUUUGUUGCUUGCAGUGAUUGUUCUUAAUCAAAGUGGGGUUAAAAUUGGUGAAACUUGAGUAUGUGUUCUGAAGGUAAGUUUGUGGUGACUGUACCCCUUGUUUACCUUUGACCCAGGUUACCUUUUUAUAUAUAUGUAUAAACCUGAAUAUUUGAAGAGGACCUUUACAAUUGUGCAAUUCAUCUUGUCACAGAGGUACAAGAUUUGGCCGGAAAAGGCAAUAUACCAAGGUGAAAGAAGCCAAAAAGGUGUAUAAAUUAUGUACAAAAAGUACAAUUUGACAUAAACUUGUUUGUCCAUGUGAGUCUGUUUCAAAAAGGGAAGUGUGAGCAAUAAAGUGGACACAUCCCCUCAUUCUGAGAAAAGUGAAAAUCAGAGUUAAACCCAAAAUGACUUUGGUUUAGUAACUCAUCAAAAGAGCAGCCUUCGUCAAACUGAUGCUCCUAUCCAAAAUGUAAAAGUUUACUAUUAAAUGUCACUACGUAAAGAAGUUUAUUCUCUCUAUAUAUAUGUAUAAACUACAGUAAGGGUCACUGAUUUAAGUUUAUAUAUGGGAUGUGGUCCAAGCGAUCACCAGCCUGAAGAAGGAUCAGUCCUGAAGGGCCAAGAUAACUACAUCAUCUGCAAAGAACUUUAUGAAUCCGUCAUUGUACUUUGGACUCAAAGACUUUGUUUGCUUUUCUUCAGUUUGACUCUGACCUGUUUAUUAAAUGAUAAAAGUUCUACUCUAAAUGUGAGUUCAAUUCAAAAAUCAAUGUGCCGUGUGUAGAAACUGUAGAUGUUUGUACGUGCAAGUUUGGAAAUUGUGGAACAAAAGAACAAGGAAAACAAUUCCAAAAAACAGUUCAAUAUGACACAAAAUCUAUUGUGUGUUGUCUUUGUGUUUUGUAAAUGACUGAAUAUCUUGGUAAAUUCAGUAUUUAUUACUUCUGGAUAUUGAGACUAUUUAAGUGAUGCUGAAAAGGUGCUGUAUUUAUUUUAUGUGAGAGUUGUUCAUUAUGAUGGGAAUCGCACUUUUGUGCUAUUUAUCCUAUGAAGAAAAUGAAAAUCAUUAUGGAAAUAAAACUUGAAGAAAGAAAACCAAUGUCAUGGUUUGCAUUACAGCAUAAGAUAGUUUUGAGUUUUCUUCAAAUUCUAUGGGGUUUAAGCUGUUUAAAUACAGUACUGGGCAGAACUUUUGGGCAUG